GAAUACUUAAUAAUUGUUUGUGCAACGACCCACCACCACCACAAAACCAUCCGGUCACUCAACCAAAGAAGCGCAAUCGUGACGAUGAAUUGCAUGAACUGAGUGAUGGGUUACCUGAUCCUAAGAAACGACGAAUUAAGGAGCUUGUGAUGUCGUUACCUCGAGAAGAACGAGAGAGAAUUAAAAGUUUAAGAAAGGACUUAAAUGGAGUUACAACGAUGCCAGACCCUAUGACUACCGUCUUACCGGUACCAAGGUCAGAGCAGUUACCAUUAUUUGAUUACAAUGAUCAACAAAAUGUUAUUAAGCCACAACAAAUGAAAGCAUUACCCGAUUCUAAUACUUUAUAUGGCAGGAUUUUAGAGAUAGCACGAGCGAAUGGCUUGCAAAAUAUUUCGGAAGAUUGUGCAAGCUUGCUUAAUUAUGGAUUGGAG